UGCGCAGUAAAUGCUGCACAUGCGUAGACAGUGAUGCUUUUCUUUGCAAUAGAUUAGACUACUGCGCAGUAGAUUAGCCUACUGCACAGUAAAGAAUCUCAUGUAGAUGCACCCACUGUAAUCUAAAGCAACUCCAGAUUGACCCCCUAGGAUCUGUGACCAGGAUUGGACUCUGCCCUAUGCCUGGGAGGCUUGGCAAUGAACCAGGCUAGGCACAGCAGGUGCUCCCAGGUGGUGCUGGGGUGUGGUUCUUGCACAAGCGGGCUCUGCCUGUUCUCCCUGUAUUCCUCCUGGAAUUGGCUGAGCCAAGUCCAACUCCAGCUCUAGCUCCCACGCCUGGUGGCUCCCAGCCUUGGGCCCCACCCCACCUCAUACCCUGGGGAAGCCCCGUUCCAGCGUCUCCCAGCCACACGGUGCUGCGUGUCUCUGCUUUGGGCUCUGAGGAAGGCAGUAUCCCCCAGGCAGCAGGACCACAGACUGGGGCUCACUGGGGUCUGCUUACUACAGUCUGCAGGCACCAGGCUGCAGAAGGGAGCUCCCUUGGCAUUGCUGCAGGCGCUGGCACCUCUCCUCCUCCAGGCACAGCACAGCACUGGCAACGCUCCACACUCCCAUUCCUACUGUCCCUCCAGGAGUGCCAGGAUGUUCAAGGAGUACUUCCAGUACAAGGGCAUCAGUUUCCCCGAGUUCAUCUACUCUCCAUGCGCCCUGCAGACAGUGGAGAACAACUUCCAGGUGCUGGACGAUGAUGUCUUCAACGUCACUUAUCAGAAGUCAGGGACAGUGUGGAUGCUGGAGAUCCUAAGCCUUAUCCAGAGCAAUGGGGACCCCAGCUGGUGCCAAACUGUGCCCAACUGGGAUCGUGCCCCCUGGUACGAGACUGUGCUGGGCCUACGGAGGGCCCGCAGAAACCACUCGCCACGCCUCAUCAGCUCCCACUUGCCGAUCCAGCUCUUCGCCAAGUCCUUCUUCAAGUCCAAAGCCAAGGUCAUCUACACGAUAAGGAACCCCAAGGAUGUACUGGUCUCCCUAUACCACUUUGCCCAGAUGUUCCACCCCUUUAAGGACCCUGGGUCCCUGGACCAGUUCUUGGAGGAGUUCCUCAAAGGGGAUGUGCCGUUUGGAUCCUGGUUUGACCACGUACGGGGCUGGAUGGGGCUGCAGGGCCAUGAGAACUUUUUCUACAUCACCUAUGAGGAGCUGUUGCAGGACCUGCGAGGCAGCGUAGAACAGAUCUGCCAGUUCCUGGGCAAACAGCUGGAUGAGCAGGCACUAGACUCGGUAGUGGCCAAUGCCUCCUUCCAGGCUAUGAGGAAGAACAAGAUGAGCAACUUCAGCACGGCACCUAGCUUCAUACUGAACAAGAAUAGCUCCUUCCUGCGCAAAGGGAUCUCGGGGGACUGGAAAAACCACCUCACGGCUUCUCAGAGUGAGCGCUUCGACUGCGUGUACCAGGAGCGGAUGCAAGGUCUGGACGUCACCUUCCCCUGGGACAACCAGUGACUCCCUCACCCCCACGCUGAUUCCUCACCCCAGGGAGCUGCCACACAGGAGCACAGAGCCACAACUAGAGCAGGGGCAGCAAGCCAGGAUGCCUGGGUUCUGUUCCCAAGUAUAGGAAGGGAGUGGGAUC